GUUUUUGAGCAACAAUAUUGUUUCGUGUGUGUUCGAUUUGAAGUAGAGAAACCAAAACAUGGACCAAUCUCAGAAUGCGAAUUACCAAGCUGGCCAGGCCAAGGGCCAAGCCCAGGAAAAGGGCAACCAGAUGAUGGACAAGGCUAGCAAUGCUGCCCAGUCAUGCAAGGAAUCAGUGCAGGAGGCUGGUCAGCAAGCGAAGGCCAAGGCGCAAGGCGCAGCUGAUGCAGUCAAGAAUGCAACCGGCAUGAAUUGAAGCUGCAUUGAUCCUUUAAUUUGUUCAUUUGUUUCCCGAAUUUUAUAAGUAACUUUCCGGUUUAAAUCUUGAAAUUCAUUUGAAUUUUGGUAGUCUUUUUGUUUCUCCUGUUUAGGAGGUCAUAAUUUGUUUGUCAAUUGAAGGAAGAAAGAGAACUCUAUCUCAUGGAGUUGUCAAUUUAAUCAAAUGACUAUUUAUUAAUCAAAAAUUUAAUC